ACUCUCUACUCCACACUGAUUAGUGUUCAACCAGAGUCGCGGCUUUCGGUGGAACAAUUCAAUGGGGUCGUCACUGCCAGAGUUGAACUUGAAACGCGAUCACCAGGAUGAAAUCCAGGAAGAUAUUCUCAUGGAGAUCUUCUCUCGGCUGCCAGUGAAAACCCUAUUCCAAUUGCAGUCCGUCUGCAGGCGCUGGAACACCAUCAUUAAUUAU